AUGGAUGCCAGCGAGCACAGCCCCCGUUCCUGUGUGUGCGGGGCAGGGAUGGAUGCCAGCGAGCACAGCCCCCGUUCCUGUGUGUGCGGGGCAGGGAUGGAUGCCAGCGAGCACAGCCCCGCUCCGGGCCGCCCCAGCUGCAGCCCCGCCACCUGCGGCUCCCGCUCCGCGCCGCCGCCGCCUCCCGAGUCACGGGGCUGGCACCGCGGCACGGCGGCCGUCCCAGGAGACAGCUGCAGCUCCUUCUGCGGCUCCCUGGCCAUUUUUAGAAGCACUUUCCCCCCCCUCCUCUCUGAACUACCUGAGGUUGGCAAAGCUGGGUUCAGCAGGGAGCCUCUUCCUGGAGUGCUGCUGGUCUGGGGACAAACUGUGUCAAGAUGGAUCCAUCUCCCUGGCAGGGCUGCAGGUCCCUGGUGGAGUGUGGCAUUGCAUGGGGAAGGGCAGUGGAAAGGGGAAUGGGCGCCUGAUAACCUUCUUUUCUCUUGUCUUUUCUUCCACUUGCAGAAAAAGAGGAGGGCAGCCACUGCCCGUCGGCAGCACCUGAAGAGUGCUAUGCUCCAGCUUGCUGUCACUGAAAUAGAAAAGGAAGCAGCUGCUAAAGAAGUGGAGAAGCAAAACUACCUGGCAGAACAUUGCCCUCCUCUGUCGCUCCCAGGAUCCAUGCAGGAACUGCAGGAGCUGUGCAAAAAGCUUCAUGCCAAGAUAGAGUCAGUGGAUGAGGAGAGGUAUGACACAGAGGUGAAGCUACAGAAGACUACAAAGGAGCUGGAAGACCUGAGCCAGAAGCUCUUUGACCUGCGUGGCAAGUUCAAGCGGCCGCCGCUGCGCAGGGUGCGCAUGUCGGCUGACGCCAUGCUGCGCGCCCUGCUGGGCUCCAAGCACAAGGUCUGCAUGGACCUCCGGGCCAACCUGAAGCAAGUGAAGAAGGAGGACACUGAGAAGGAGAAGGAUCUGCGUGAUGUUGGUGACUGGAGGAAGAACAUUGAGGAGAAGUCUGGCAUGGAGGGCAGAAAGAAGAUGUUUGAGGCUGGCGAGUCUUAAGCACCUGUGUCUCCACAGCUGUCCUCCUCUCCCAGCUGUCCCCACUGCCCUGCUGGGCUCAGGGGCACUGACUGGGUGCCCAUUUCUCGCUAGUUUUGCAAAGAGCUGCAUCAUGGCAGCAGUGAUGUAAAUAAAGCUUUGGUGGGAGA